UAUUUUGCAGUCAGGACGAACAGUACUUCAUCAAUGGCAAACUCCCUGACUUCCACCAAGUGGACAUUCCUGACAUUUGGAUCGGUCUUUCAGAUAAGGACAAAGAUGGAGAAUUCAAAUGGGUGGAUAAAAGCACGGUUCAGUUUUCUAACUAUGGUCCUGGUUGGCCAGUGAACACCGUAGGUAUCUGGGACUGUGGGCAGAUCUUCACAGGAAACUAUGACGGCCCGUGGGAAACCACCAACUGCUUCAGGAGCCUCGGUUACAUCUGUGAGAUGACAGGUGGACAGAAUCCUAAACCAACUCCAGCUCCUGGUCAGUGGGAUCAACAAUCAUUUUCCAACACAGCACUGUUAAAAACAUUUAGUAUUUACAGGUGCUUCAUGUUCCCUGCAGACUCCCACUGUGACAACGGGUAUCUGCUGUACAGAGACUUCUGUUAUCACUUUGAGACAGAGACAGUGAAAAGUUGGCAAGAUGCUGAGGAUCACUGUACCAGUGAGCAGGGUCACCUGGUCAGCUUCCAUUCAGAAGAAGAGCUCAGCUUUCUGACUGCCCACAUGCCGGCAGAGGCCUGGACUGGACUGAACGACAUCCAUGUUGAAAACCAGUGGGUGUACACCGAUGGAACUCCUGUGGACUUUGUUCUGUGGGAACCCAACCAGCCUGACAACUUGCAGAACAAUGAGGACUGUGUCCACAUCCGAGGGAUGAACCACCAGAACGCUGGGAAGCUCAACGAUGACAUCUGCACUGCCUCAAAGGAAUAUGUCUGCAAAAAAGGUCUGACACUCUCACUAGUCAAAACCUCAAUGCUCUUCCCUUUGACUUAAUGUUCUUUGAAAUCCGCAGCCAAAGGAGCAGGUCCUCCUCCUCAGCCCCCGACAUCUGG